AUGUGUGUGGCACACGGCUGUCGCCCCCUCUUUGUUUUCCCCAUCAACUUCAUCAACGACAUCAUGGUCUUGCUGCAGUUAUUGCAUCUACUCUCGGCCUUGUGCCCGCUGGCCGUUGCCAGCCAAAAAGGCUCCUUUGACCGGUGGCACCCCCCCGGCCCCGGGGACGUCCGCUGUCCCUGUCCCAUGCUGAAUGCGUUGGCAAACCACGAUUUUCUCCCCGCCGAUGGCAGGGGCAUAUCGCUGGAAAUCACAACGCGUGCCUUGAGAGACGGCAUCAACGUCGAUCCCCACGUGUCCAAGCUGCUCUUCGACCAUGCCAUCAAGACGAACCCUGACCCAAACGCCGACACGUUUGACCUCGACCACCUGAGCCGCCACGGCAUCAUAGAGCACGAUGCCAGCCUUACUCGACCGGACAACAGCUCUGGUGAUCCUAGUGUAUUCGACCCCGAAGUGUUUGAGGAAACACUCCAGUACUGGCCCGACCCCAUCGUCUCCGUACGACAGGGCGCCGCCGCGCGACUCGGUCGUAUCCGCACCUCAGCCGGCACCAACGUCGACUUCGAGAUGAGGUUGGAAGACAAUUUCCGUGGACUCGGUGAGGUGGCGGGGUUCUACCUGACCCUGGGAGACCGGGUCGCCGGCACGGUCAACCGCACUUGGCUGACCUACUUUCUUGAGAAGGAGUUUCUGCCAGUCCCUUUCGGCUGGACGAGGCCGCGCGACCCUAUCACUCUCGAGGCACUACAGGCGGUCAUGGACAAGGUCUACGACGCGACGAAAGGCAUCAUUGACGAGGAGCGCCGCCGAGGCAAUUCCGGGCCUAGAAUGCACACUGAUGAGCAGCGCGUGCUCGGUGGGGUACACUGA